UCAUCAAUCUGAGCUCUUCUUAUUUUACCAUUGUUCUAGGUGUUAUCUCACUUACACACAAGAGGCUGAAGAAGUAAGAUACCUGAGCUUACAGUGAAUAUUGAGUCUUAUAAAGAAGUUCAGAAUUUGAGGAGCAAUGAACUCCAGAAACUAUCUGUCCAUCACCUUGCUGCUGUUACUUCUAAAAUGUAGUGUGUGGGAAAGUGCAGACAUAGUGGUGGAACUAGCCAACACACAUCUUCUGUCUCCAGGAGAUUACAGGCUGAUUCUCAAUACACAAGAGACAGAAUUUCCAAGUGACUGUUUUGAACUUUACCGAAAUGCUGAUGGCAAUGCAAACAAUGGCCUUUACAUUAUUAAACCAGGAAAAGAGCCCAUUGUCGCGUAUUGUGAUAUGCAGAGUGGUGGUUGGACUGUAAUUCAGCAUAUUACAGUCAACAGCACAGUAGAUUUUGAUAGGAGCUGGGAGGACUACAAGCAAGGAUUUGGUUUUGUUACGGGAGAUCACUGGCUAGGAAAUCAAUACAUGUAUGAGCUGACCAACAAAGGAGGAAGGUAUAAGCUGGCAAUAAAGUUAGUUGAUAUGAAUGCAGAGAUUAAAUGGGGAGAGUAUGACCCUUUUCGAAUUGAAAAUGAGAAGUUAAAGUAUAAAAUCAGGUUGGGUUUGUAUGAAGGAACUGCUGUCGAUGCUCUGACACAAGAUACGGAUGCCUACCUGCAUGACAAUCAGAAGUUCACGACUAAAGACAGUGAUAAUGAUAACUAUUUUCAGAACUGUGCCAAACUCGAAUACCGUGGCACAGCAGGUGGAGGGUGGUGGUAUGACUCUUGUGCUGGUGCCAACCUGAAUCGCAGGAACGUUAUUUACUGGCAGAAAGACUGUAACAAAGAACACCUGUGCAAAUACGCCUGGAUGAUGGUAAAACCUUCUGAAUAUGGAAAACAAGAGUCAUCCAGCAGAUGUCAUCGAGAUGAGCUGUAAUUUUAAAGUUAUUUAGGAAAUAGUAAAUGGGUUAUUGAACACAUAUUGUUUUCUUUUUAUCAUUUGCAUAGCUUCCAUAAUGUUUGUAAUUCUUAUAAUAUACUGCUUGAGGUAAGUUAUUUUAUCUUGAUACAAAAAUAAUCAUCAGAUUCUGUAUUUUUGAGCUCACGUUUGCCAAAUUACGUCUGACAUUUAAAUAAAAUUUUCUUUUUCUCUGUGUU